AUGGCGCCUGCCGAGCUCAACCUCCUCUCCACGACCCAACCCCACAAACUCCCCCGACACGACAACGCCGUAGAACAAGACGCCGACGCCGACGACUCGUGGGAAGUGAAAGCCUUCAUGCAGGACCGCAUGGCCGCCGCGACGUGGCCCCCGCGCUCCUACACCUGCUCCUUCUGCCGCCGCGAGUUCCGGUCCGCGCAAGCCCUCGGCGGCCACAUGAACGUCCACCGCCGCGACCGCGCCAGGCUCCGCCACCAAUGCCACAUCAAUCCUUCUCCGCCGCAACCGCUGCCACUGCACCCUCGCGUCUUCUCCGACGUCCGACGCCUCCGCUGCCCCGAUCUUACUGAAUUGGUACGUGGUGAAGUAGGAGCCGAAGACGACGGCGGGGUUAAAGAAGGAGAAGAGAUUGAUUUGGAGCUUCGACUUGGAUGGUGA